AUGUUACAGUUGGCUACAUCCAUUCCUUUCUUCAUCUACUUUUUAUAUUCAUGGGUGGAUCCUGAAUCCUGCCGUUGGCUUGUUCUUCAUGGGAAAUAUGAACAGGCCAUUAAAGACCUAAAGAAAGUGGCAAGAAUUAAUAGAAAAACAGAGGAGGGGGAAAAACUUACCAUGCAGUCACUGAAAUAUGACAUGCAAGGAGAAAUGAAUGCCACUCAUAAAGCUAAUUAUUCUGUGAUAGACCUAAUAAGGACUCCUGUGGUUCGUCGCAUAUCUAUUUGUUUAUCUUGCACUUGGUUCUCUACCAGUUUUGCCUAUUACGGUCUUGCCAUGGACCUUCAGAAAUUUGGGCUCAGCAUUUAUAUCAUUCAAGUCAUUUUUGGCACUGUUGACAUCCCAGCCAAGUUUUUCUCUUAUUUUGUGCUUAAUUACAUCGGGCGCCGUGUUCUGCAGGCCUCUGCUUUAAUUUUGGCUAGUGCUGCAAUUUUAGUGAAUAUUUUUCUUUCUGAAGACUAUCAUGUUGCACGAAUUGUAAUGGCCGUGUUUGGGAAAGGAUGUCUGGCAGCUUCAUUUAACUGUUUGUACUUAUUGACAGGGGAAUUAUACCCAACUGUCAUCAGGCAGACAGGCAUGGGGCUAGGAACUGUGAUGGCAUGCUUGGGAGGAAUUGUUGCCCCACUUGUUCAGAUGACUGCAGAUUAUUAUCACCAAACUCCCCCUCAUUAUCUUUAG